AUUGCAAAUUGAAACCAAAAACGAACAUCCAUACAAAUACAGCACAUAUUGAAAACAUUGAGGGAGAAAGAAGAACCCAGUAGUAGUUUUUUUUAUCUAUUAAUUUCUUGAAAAAAACGAGUCAAAGAUCACAUCAAGAAGAUGGGAGUUGGAGGAACAAUAGAGUAUAUAUCAGCGCUAAUAGGAAAUGGAGGAAGCCAUAGCUAUGGCAAGAGGAAGAAGAAGAAGCAGUUUCAGACUGUAGAACUCAAAGUUAGAAUGGAUUGUGAUGGUUGUGUCCUCAAAAUCAAAAACUCUCUUUCUUCUCUAAAAGGAGUGAAAACAGUGGAGAUUAACAAGAAGCAGCAGAAAGUGACAGUGAGUGGUUACGCGGAAGCGAGCAAGGUGCUGAAGAAGGCGAAGGCGACCGGGAAGAAAGCUGAGAUAUGGCCGUACGUGCCGUACAACUUGGUGGCUCAGCCGUACAUAGCUCAGGCUUACGACAAGAAGGCACCGGCCGGUUACGUCAGAAAAGUGGACCCACACGUCACCACCGGGACGAUGGGCGUUUACUACGAUGACCCUUCUUACGCUUCUAUGUUUAGUGAUGAUAAUCCCAAUGCUUGCUCUAUCAUGUAGUUAUUAGAUCAUUCAUAGAGAGAUUUAUAUCCUGUGGGGAUAUCAUAUAUAUAUGUAUAAAUAUGGGUUAGAAAUUUUACUGUUUGUUCUUUUUUGUUCAUGAUUUUGUCUUCUUUUUCAUGUGCUUUUUGUU